AUGGGCAACACAUUCAGUCAGCACUUCCCGCCCACACCACAAUUCACCGAAGCCAAUGUCCCCGAUCUCACCGGCAAGAUCUACAUUGUAACUGGCUCAAACACCGGUGUCGGCCGAGAGGUUGCUCAGAUCUUGUACAGCAAACACGCCACCGUCUGGAUCGCCUGUCGCAAUGAGGCCAAGGCCGAAGCUGCGAUUGAUGCCAUUAGCCAACAACAUCCUUCUUCCAAGGGAAAGUUGAAGUUUCUGUCUCUCAAUCUAAGCGACCUUUCUACCAUUGCUUCAUCAGCAGAGACGUUCCUCAGCCAGGAGUCCCGCCUCGAUGUGCUGUUCAACAAUGCUGGGGUCAUGAUGCCUCCUCCUGGUUCCAAGACCGAGCAGUGCCAUGAUCUAGAAUUGGGCGUAAACUGUCUCGGACCUUUUCUCUUCACAAAGCUCCUGACACCAAUAUUGAAAAAGUCUGCCGAGAGCGCACCCAAAGGUUCUGUUCGCGUGGUGUGGGUUUCCAGUUCGGCCGCAGAUGCCAUGUCGCCCUCGGGGGGUGUGGUCCUGGACAAUCUGGAUUACAAGGUCGACAAGAAUGUCUACCACAAGUAUGGAGUUAGCAAAGCGGGCAAUUACUUUCACGCCACCCAGUUUGCUCGCUUGUACAAGCCCGACGGUGUGAUCAGUAUUCCGCUCAACCCCGGAAAUCUGCUGACGGAAUUGGAUCGCUCAUCAUCCUGGUGGGUGGUAUUUGGGCGGUGGCUUGUUUGCUAUGCGCCCAUCUACGGCGCAUACACGGAGAUAUUUGCUGCCUUUUCGUCAGACAUUGGGAUACACAACACGGGGGCUUGGAUUGUGCCGUGGGGCAGGUUUGCGUCCAUUCGCGAAGAUGUGCGUCUUGGCUCCCUCACGUUGGCGGAGGGAGGGACAGGAACCGCAGAACGGUUUUGGGAAUGGUCUGAGGAGCAGGUGAAGCCGUAUACUACCGCUUAA